CCACCGCUGGCCCGGCCGCUGUCAGCUCCCUCAGCGACCGGCCGAGACGCGGUGUAUGCUGAGUCGCUGCGGCCGCAGGCUGCUGCACGUCCUGGGCCUUAGCCUCCCGCUGCUGACCUGCCGGCCGCUUUUCCUCUGCCCUCACCGCCUCAUGAAACCGCUGGUCGUGUUCGUCCUCGGCGGUCCCGGGGCCGGCAAGGGGACCCAGUGCGCCCGCAUCGUCGAGAAAUAUGGCUACACACACCUUUCUGCAGGAGAACUCCUUCGUGAUGAAAGGAAGAACCCAGAUUCACAGUAUGGUGAACUCAUUGAAAAGUGCAUUAAAGAUGGAAAGAUUGUGCCAGUUGAGAUAACCAUCAGUUUGUUGAAGAGGGAAAUGGAUAAGACAAUGGCUGCCAAUGCUCAGAAGAAUAAAUUCUUGAUUGAUGGGUUUCCAAGAAAUCAAGACAACCUUCAAGGUUGGAAUAAGACCAUGGAUGGGAAGGCAGAUGUGUCUUUUGUUCUCUUUUUUGACUGUAAUAAUGAGAUCUGUAUUGAACGGUGUCUUGAGAGGGGGAAAAGUAGUGGCAGAAGUGAUGACAACAGAGAGAGCUUGGAAAAGAGAAUUCAGACCUAUCUUCAGUCAACAAAGCCAAUUAUUGACUUAUAUGAAGAAAUGGGGAAAGUCAAGAAAAUAGAUGCCUCCAAGUCUGUUGAUGAAGUUUUUGAUGAAGUUGUGAAGAUUUUUGACAAAGAAGGUUAACUCUAAACCAGAAAGCAUCCUUGAAAUCAUGCUUGAAUAUUGCUUUGAUAGCUGCUAUUACAACCCCUUUUUAAGGCAAUUUUAAUCUUUCAUAAGUACAUCUCAAUUAAUGGCUGGAAAGUAUGCAGUAAGAUUAAACUUUUUAUCUUCAAUAUUUUUGGUUAUAGGAGUAGACAGUGAAUUGGGGUCUAACUUCAUCUUAGCUAUGGUGCUCACAAAACAAAGAAGGAUAUCAGCUAGUUCUUUGUUUUUCCUCAAAAAGCAUAUCCCUUUUAUAGUUUGUGCCUUCUGUGAGCAAAACUUUGUAGUCUGUGUGUAUAUCCCUUGAGUAAUCCCAACAUGUUAAGAUUAGGGAUUCCCUACUUCCUCGUUUUCUUGUGGGUUUUACAUUUCCAACCUGUUAAGCGAAUUUGUGGACCAAAUUCCAAAGGAACUUUUUGUGUAGUCAGUUCUUGCAAAAUGUGUUUGGUAAACAAACUCAUAAAAUGAAUUCCUAGAAGUGUUUUAGUAUUUAUCAAAUAACUGACCAUUUUCUACAGAAAGAUAAGAAAACUUAAGGCUUUGUUUUAUUACAACUUACACAGAGUUGUAUGACAAAGCAUCUUCUUUGCUUCCAGGGAUUGGGAUGGGGUCACUGGGGUUCAGAGCCUGGCAGAAUUGUCAGCUUUAUCCUGACAUAAAUCUGAGUGUAAGGGGCAGGGUCACAUCUAAUGAUGUGUGUUCCUGUGCUCUAUUAUAUAGUGUUAUUAAUGAUUAAACCAAAAACUCCCAGCAGUGGAACCUUGAAAUGCAUGUACUGGGUUUAUGAUAAAAUGAUUUGGUUACGUUUUAAUAACACUUCAUCCAGAGUUUUUUUGUUUAUUUGUUUUCUAGACUCAGUGUAGGGUUGGUAUGAAGUAAAAAAAAAAACAAAACUAAUGGUUAAAUUUCCCAUUUGUGUUUAUUUUCUGGAAUACUUUUUUUUCAGUUAUUUGUUUAAGGAGACUUAAAAAUCAUUGCACUUUGGUCAGAAAAAAUAAUAAAUAUAUCUUAUAAAUGUUUGAUUUCCUUCCUGGCUACUUUUAUUUAGUAAAUUCUUUUUCCGCAUCAUGUUGAAGCAUUGAAAGGUACAGAAUUUUAAAGAGCCUAUAGAGUCCAAAGGAAUUUCCCUUAAAUCCAUUCUUCCUUUAAAAAAAUCUCUGAGAAAUUUGUUUUCCCCUUUCUUAUCUUUUUCUGCCAUUACUAACAAAGAGUUAUUUCCAAGGUUCUUCAUGUGCGAUUUAUUAUACUGUAUCUCAUUUUUAGCACUUACACUCUUUGGUAUACAGGGUUAAAUAGGGUAAGGAAUUUUGUCUUUGUUUAAUUCGAUUUUAUAUGUAAAGUCAUUGGGAAUAGGAGCACCUGGCUGACUCAGUGGUGUCAAGUAUGUAAUUCUUGAUCUCGUGGUCUAAGUUCAAGCCCCACAUUGGGCUCAGAGUUUUAAAAAAGAGAAAAAAGAAUUAGAAGUAUAAAGUCAUUGGGAAUAGUGAGGACAACUUGUGGAUGUUCUUACAUUAUAAUAGGUUCAUUUGUUUCUUUGUGUAUUAUGAAAUUCACUUAAUGAUACAUUUUUCAACAUACUUGCCGUUAGGAAACAAAGUAUCUACAAGGGAUGGAACAUAUUAGCCACCAAAAUCUAUACUGAGAUUAUCUUGGUUUCCUGGAAGAGACUAACAAAUUCUUGUCUGGUGAUUUAGUUCGGUGAAUACAGAGGGAUUUCACUGGUGGGUUAAUUGAACAGCUGCAGUAUGAAGCAAGAGUAAAGACUUAAGGUUUGGAGAGCAUUCCUGCUCAAAUAAGUGAAGAAAUUCAUCAGAUGGGGGACUCGAAAUGUUUAUAUUGAUUUUGGGAAGCACGUGAGGUUUUUAAGACGACUACUGAGACCAGGUGCUUCAUCACACAGCCUCUGUGGCAUUUGAAAACACAAAUCAAGAAGCAUCGUAAUUAUGAAAUUAUGAGCCUUUGCUAGUUUGCUUUUGAGUAAAAAAACAUGUUGGCAAUACUGUGUUUAGGAUUUGACCAAGAUACAUCUGACUUCAUUAGUUUGGUCAUUUCAUUUGUUAAAAGUAUGGUCCAAGAAGUUUUUGACUUUCUUAAAAGACCUUAGUGGAAGCCUUGCCUUUUUUUUUUUAAUUAACUGACAUUAUUUCCAUUCAGUGAUGUUGAAUGUGUAUGAAUUACUUGGUAAAUAAUCCUAAUAAAUUUUGUGCAGUGGUG